CAGUGCGCGAGACGCCGCCGCCUGCCGCGCCGCCGUCAUGGCCGCGCCGCGCCGCGCCCGCUGACCACUGCACCGACCGCGCCUAGCGCCCUCAGCGCAAUUUACCCUCUUCUGAGGCACGACCCCGUCUGUUACGCCGCCCUUAAAUAACAUAUUGCGAGCCGCUCCGCUGCACUGUCGCCGCUGUAGCGCCCGGGUCGCGGCCGUUGUCGCCGUCCGCUGGCGCUUUGUUUCGUGGAGCCGGCGCCGAGUCGGACCCGGCCGCGCCUCGCCCCGCGCGCCCGCGCGCCGCCCCCGCCCGCGCUCCAUGACUACACAUAGACACUCAGCGUGAUCGACUACCGAGGCGACCCUGUGUUGCACGUCCGACUGCUCUGAUGUUCUAUCGGUGUCGGGGGCGCAGCGCGGGCGCGAGCGGCAUGCGGCCCCUGCGGCAGACGCCCAUGGAGGUCGGCUAGCGGCGCGCGCGCAGCCCCCGCGCCCGCUCUCCCUGCCCCGACCCGCCGACGCCAUGGAACUCACUGACGUGCCUCGACAUCGACCCCUCGCCUUCGAUAAGAUGGAAAGUUUGAUAAAAGAAAUGCAAGAUCCGGAUACAGGUGUACCUGUAAGAAGUCAAAAACUUUUCCUGAGCGUCAUCCCUUCUGCCUUUAUGGGUUACGAUCUUGUCGAAUGGCUAAUGGAUCGGUUCAAUCUUGAUGAAACUAGUAAUGUUGAAGCAAUAAACUUAGCUAAUCAACUCUGCCAAUACGGGUACUUCUUUCCUGUCAACGAUUUGAAAAACCUCGUAUUGAAAGAUGAUUCUUCUCUUUAUCGAUUUCAAAGCCCAUACUACUGGCCGUGGCAGGCGCCGCGCGUGGCCGCUGGCGGCUCCAACGCGCCCUCACUGGGUCCUGACAACGUUGAGUACGCCAUCUACCUCGUGAAACGCACCCUGCGCAACAAGCAGCGGCAUGCCCUCGAGGACUACGAGCAAGAGGCCCUCGCCAACCUCAAAAGGAACCUCGCCGGUAAAUGGGACUUCAUCACUAUGCAGGCUGAGGAACAGGUUCGAUUGGCGAAAGAUCGCAAGAAAGGUGACAAAAUCGUGUCGGACAGCCAGGAGCGCGCGUAUUGGCGUGUGGCACGACCGCCGCCGGGGCAGCCUGGUGCCUUGGAGCAUUGUCCUGUCCCAGUGCGCGCGAGACACCAGCGCCCUAAGCGCCGCAACAUCGAGCAAAUAAAACGCGAGAUUGAACAUUUGAAAACAUCCUUGGAUCGUACGCGGGUGAAGACUUCUAUUGCCCUCGAGGCCCUGUUGGCCUAUUCGGAGACCUUCGCACCAUACGAUCCAUGGCUUACUGCGCCGCAGCCCUCCAACCCUUGGAUCUCUGAUGAUACCCUCUUCUGGCAAAUCAACAGUCCUCUGGUGGAAGUGCCAAGCGAGAAACGCGUGCAACGGUGGGCUUUAUCUAUCGAAGAGUUACUUUCCGACCCCACCGGCCUGCAGGAGUUCACCAGCUUUCUGCGCAAGGAGUACUCGCAUGAAAAUAUCCGUUUCUGGCUCGCAGUCAUGGACCUCCGUCGUUCCUCUGCCAAGCAAAUACCCACCAAACUUGACGAGAUAUACGAGGAGUUUCUAAAACCCGGCGCGCCUUGUGAGAUCAACAUCGACGGCGCGACCGCGGAAAAGGUUGCGGAGGGCCUGCGGUCGGGGUCACGGUACGCGUUGGAUCACGCCGCUGACCACGUGUACGGGCUGCUGCUCAAGAAGGACUGUUACCCGCGUUUCGUGCGAUCUGACCAUUUCCAACGCCUGCUCACCGAGGGUCGCAACGUUCAUCAGAAGAAAGCAAAGUUUUUCAACUUCGGGGGACAAGUAAAGAAAAAACCUGGUUCAACGACCGUCAGUGGCGUGAGCGGCAGCGUAGUGGUACUGGCGCGCCGACGCGGCUCUGACCGCUCGCUAUCUGGCUCGGCCCACGAGCUGGCCGUUUGCGCCGCGCAGCCACCUCGCAUGCCCGACCCACCGCCGCACAGUCACUCUCAGUCUAACCUUUGCGACAUCCCCUUCCGGGAUCCUCUUGACGAUUGCGUGGACGAAGCACUGCCGUGGGAGAGCGCAUCGCGGGAAGGAGUGUACGGUGCCACACGCCGGCGGCAAGACUCCGCCGCAGAUUCGGGCAGUUCGUCCUCUGACCUGAGCGCGGCGGUAGUGGUGGGGGGCCCGAUGGGCGAACGACGUCGCCUGCCGCAGCAGAGCACACUGGACGGCGGGCUGCGCGGCGCGCCGCCGCCGCUGCGUCGGUUAUCGGCCGUGGAGCCGCGCCACCUGGCGCCUCUUGGCUCUCCGCCACACUCGCCGAGACCGCCACGACCCGCGCCUGCACCUGCACCUGCACCAGCGUCGCACCCGCACCCCACGCCCACUAUCAGCGUCAGCUCGGCGCCCGACGACGAGUCACCAGCCGGCACGGGCUCGCCAGACCGUCGUUCUCUGGUGCACUCUGAUGAGCCUUCGUCGGUGUUCGCUUCAGUGGAUGUUACGCCCACGGAACCGCGCGAGCCCACACCCAUCGCUGACGCUUCCGCGCCGAGCCCCACGUCCACGUUGUCUGCGUCCUCGGCGCCCGCGCCUGUGCCGGCGCAAGCCGGCGAUAAAACUGUGCUACCUCCUAGUUGUGAUAGCUGUAGAAGUGACGUUUCGAAAGUGGAAGUGCGUGUGGAGACCGCUGGGAAGGCCGGUUGCGCGUCGCCCGUAAUUGUCGAACGGUCCGAUUCUAAGGACUCCAAACGACCGAUAUCCCCCGAGGAUGAAGUCGUUUCAGUGCGAGGAACUUUAUCCCGAGAACCGUCAACGAUAAAAGAAAUCAGUCCGGCCUCAUGUAAAGAUAGUAGCAAAAUCGCCGAUCUUCCAGGAAGUGGUCCCAAAAGAGGCGGACCGAUUGAGAUGGCCCCCACGGUGGAACCGCCAAACACGAUCUCGACGGGCCGAGCGAGCCCGACGAGUGCGGCGGAGACAUCUAUAGCGACUUGCAGCACAGCCUCCUCGGUGGCCAGCACGAGUGCGGCUACGCCUGCGCUUUCUUCGGCGAACAUCAGCGUCGAAGCGGGCCGACUACCGGUACCGCCGGUAGCUCCCCUGGCCGUUUGGGAGGACACCGGGGUGGACGACGACAACGUAGAUAAAGUGCCUUCGGCGCCUGUGCAAAGGGUCUCGGGAGAUUCCAAGGCGGCGUCCGAGUCGGACGCGAUGAAACAAAUUGCUCACAAAGACGAACUGUCGUCGGUUUCUGAAUCCAAUAUUGUUAAGCGUGAUAAUAAGAGCGAACUCGAGGAGCGCAAGAAGCGGAACGACAUCUGUCCCUGGGAGGACGAAAAUUCCUGUGAGAGUGAAGCUCCAUUUGUUAAAACUUACGCUACGCUGGGUUAUUUAUAAUUUUCGUACGUAGGAAAAUAUCAAAACAAUAUUUUAAGAGACGCAGGGUUCUAGAAAGAAAUAAUAUUUAAUUUUUUAUCUUAGACCCUAUGUUUUGAUUGACACGA